AUGGAUGAUUUUAAACUGCACCAUGGUGAAGUUUUAUAUGAAGAGAACGGGUUCAUUAGUAAAAUUCAUCGAAAAGAUAGUGAGUUGAACAGAAAACUUGUUGAUACCUAUACUGGAUGGGGUGAAUCUUUUCAUUUUGCUCGUGCCUAUAAGGGAGAUACAUUUGAACAAUCCAUCAAACGUCACGAGCAAUAUUUGGCUUUAAAAUUAAGUUUAAAUGAAAAACAGAAAAUACUUGAUGUUGGUUGUGGGGUCGGAGGCCCUCUUCGAGAAAUCGUGAGAAUGUCAGGUGCUCAUGUCACCGGUAUUAAUAAUAAUAGUUAUCAAGUUGAAAGAUGCAAAAUCUUUUCCAAAAAAUUGGGUUUGGAGGACAAAACUGAUUUUAUCAAAGGAGACUUUACAGCUAUGCCACGCGAAUUUGAUAAUAAAUUUGACGCUAUUUAUGCGAUCGAAGCUACAGUUCAUUCUCCAAAACUUGAAACGGUUUAUAGUGAAGUGUUUCGUUCUCUUAAACCGGGAGGUCUUUUUGCUACUUAUGAAUGGGUCACCACACAAAAUUACGAUGAAAACAAUCCAGAUCAUAAACGCAUCAUUCAUGGCAUUGAGGAGGGUAAUUCUAUUCCUUCCUUGAGCUCAUAUAAACAAGCACUUGAAGCAGCCAAGAACGUUGGUUUUGAGAUACUUGAAUAUGAGGAUAUGGCGGUUGUAUCCGAAUGUCACGAACCUUGGUACAACACAUUGAAAGGAAAAUUUUCUUUGAAAGGGUUCAGAAUGACUCGUCUUGGCAGAUGGACAACCUCUAAAUUGGUGUAUGGUCUUGAAUGCCUUCGUAUUGUUGCGCCUGGUUCAUCUGACGUAGCAGCAUUCCUUAAUAGUACUGCUGACGCUUUAGUGGAAGCUGGAGAACAAGAUAUCUUUACUCCAAUGUUCUUUAUUUUACUUCGGAGACCAAUUGAUUCUAAUUCUUCCAAUAACAAUUGA